AUGAAAGCAGGCACCAUGCAACUCCUCAAAGUGCAGGCAAGGCAAAAGUUCCAGUUGCCUACCACCUGGAAUCCAAGCGACGAAACCAUCCGGACGCGACUCAAGAAAAGGAUCCAUACGGUCAAUCCAAGAAAAGGACCCAAAAGUCCUGUAGAUCCUUCGGUGGAACGAACCGUAGUGGAAAUGGCGACUGCUUUCCAAAAGAGGACCGGAAGAUCCAUGUCCCAGUCUGGUAUCAUUCAACUGGUCAAUGAUUUAAUCAAAGGCAAACCGAUUCUGGAGCAGGAGAUUAUUGACUGGCAACUUUUGUACUGUCCACAUAUACGCAAGCGGUUUGAGACAACGAAAGAACGCCCUACCUCGGCCAACUUGGGUCCCGGAUGGUACAAGGGCUUUCGGGAACGAAAUCCUGACUUUGCAAUGGUUGUUCGUAACGGCACUACAAUUUGA